AUGGACGUCGUGCUCCAGAUCUUCGACCACUACCUGCUCGACGAUGUCUACGCGUGGGCCCUGCCCGCCGUGCCCAAGGACAUCUCUAAGGCCGUGGCACGCGCCAGCCCGAGCGCCAUCCUGAACCUCACCUCCAACGUCAUGGGCUGGACCGGCAAGGCCGCACAGGCCGCCGCAGCUGACGAGCGCAACGCCGUGCGCCUCUUGAACGCCAGCUCGUGGGGUCGCGACUACUGGCUGCGGCAAUGUAUCUCGCUGUACGGCAUCACAUACCUCGGCAUUCUGCUGCUGUACUUCUCCUUUGCCUCGCUCUCCUACUUCACCUUCUUCAACCACGACAUGAAGAAGCACCCGCGCUUCCUCAAGAACCAGGUGCGCCUCGAGAUCGAAUCGUCGCUCAACGCCUUUGCGCCGCUCGACGCCCUCACGCUGCCGUGGUUCCUGGCCGAGGUGCGCGGCCACUCGAUGCUGUACGACCACAUCGGCGACUACGGCAUCGCCUACGCGCUGUUCAGCAUCCCGCUCUUCCUCGUGUUCACGGACUUCUGCAUCUACUGGGUGCACCGCCUCGAGCACCACCCGCGGCUGUACAAGUACAUCCACAAGCCGCACCACAAGUGGAUCGUGCCCACGCCCUUUGCGUCGCACGCCUUCCACCCCAUCGAUGGCUACCUGCAGUCGCUGCCGUACCACAUCUUCGUCUUCAUCUUCCCGCUGCACCGCUUCAUCUACAUGGGCCUCUUCGUCUUUGUCAACUGCUGGAGCAUCCUCAUCCACGACUCGGACAUGAUCUGCAACUCGCCGCUCGAGAAGAUCAUCAACGGGCCAAGCCACCACACGCUGCACCACCUGCACUUCAACGUCAACUACGGGCAGUACUUCACCGGCUGCGACCGGAUGGGCGGAUCGUACCGCGCGCCCAAGGCCGAGGACGACCCGUAUCUCGACGUGCAGAAGGCGGAGCAGAUGGCGGGCAAGAAGAUGCAAUGA